UGACGUGCUCUACAAAUCAAGCCCUGACAGAUAAUGACAGCUGAAGACCGAUAUAAAAAUUUUGUCAUUCUUCAUUUUGAGAAGGACAACAGAUUUGCAGUCGUUCCUUCCAAUUGGUUAUCAAGUGAUUCGACGGAGUGCGCCUGGCCAGGCAGAAAAGUAAAAAAUCCCUUGGAUUUGCAAUGUGAUCCAUUCUCACUUCCUGACAAAAACUUCAAAUACUAUAAAGUUAAAGUUCAUAAAAGUUACGACGACUACGAUAAAGCGGUACGGAAAUCGGAAGAUUUACGAACGAAACAUGAUGUUGAUACAACUGACACUGAUGCCUCACCGCAUACUGUAAAUCAGCCACCCCCACCUCCGAUAAUUCCAGUCCCAGAAUCUUCGGCUUUUGGUGGUUAGUCUGAUUUACAUAAAUUAUUUUGCUGUCAACAUUUUACUCAUGAUUUUAUUGUAAUAU